GCCAUGAACCUGGACUUAUGCAGCUGGUGAAUUACUACAGGGGAGCAGACAAGCUGUGCCGUAAAGCAUCUCUGGUGAAGCUAAUCAAGACAAGCCCUGAACUAUCGGAGUCCUGCGCUUGGUUCCCCGAGUCGUAUGUGAUUUAUCCAACUAACUUGAAGACCCCUGUGGCUCCAGCACAGAAUGGAAUUCACCAUCUCAUACAGAACACGAGGACAGAUGAGCGGGAAGUCUUCUUGGCAGCUUACAACAGGCGGCGGGAAGGGAAAGAAGGCAACGUGUGGAUCGCCAAGUCCUCAGCUGGUGCCAAAGGGGAGGGGAUCCUGAUUUCUUCAGAGGCUGCAGAGCUCCUGGACUUCAUCGAUGAGCAGGGACAAGUGCACGUGAUUCAGAAAUACCUGGAGAAGCCUCUGCUUUUAGAGCCAGGGCAUCGCAAGUUCGACAUCAGGAGCUGGGUUCUCGUGGAUCAUCAAUAUAAUAUCUACCUCUACAGAGAGGGUGUCCUGCGGACCUCUUCCGAACCAUAUAACAGUGCUAAUUUCCAGGACAAAACCUGCCACUUGACCAAUCACUGCAUUCAGAAGGAAUAUUCCAAAAACUACGGGCGGUAUGAGGAAGGGAAUGAAAUGUUCUUCGCGGAGUUCAACCAGUAUCUGAUGGAUGCCCUGAACACAACGCUUGAGAAUAGCAUCUUACUGCAAAUCAAACACAUAAUAAGAAGCUGCCUUAUGUGUAUAGAGCCUGCAAUCAGCACGAAGCAUCUUCAUUACCAGAGCUUCCAGCUCUUUGGCUUUGACUUCAUGGUGGAUGAGGAGCUGAAGGUCUGGCUGAUAGAAGUCAACGGGGCCCCAGCGUGUGCCCAGAAGCUGUAUGCAGAGCUCUGCCAAGGAAUUGUGGACGUAGCCAUCUCUAGCGUUUUCCCCCUCAGCGACACCGGGCAGAAGAUGAGCCAGCCAUCACAGAUCUUUAUCAAGCUGUGAUGACGACUGAAAUGCCUCUGCUGUGCACAGGGAGAGACUGCACCCAUCAGGCCAGCACAGUGCGGUGACUUAUCUCCGUAUCAUGCUAAAAAGUGAUAGAGACAGGCUUCGUCUUUGCUGGAAAAUCAUGGGGAAAAACAGCAAAAGAGGCAUCCACACAGAGCUGUUCAGAGAACUCUGCCUGCAUUCAUCAAAAUCCACUUUAAAAACAGCUCGGGUGACUUUGAUAUCUGAAACAAAUCUCUCUGGGAGAACAACAAAAUAACCUUAAAAUGAAACCCCAACAGGGAUACU